AGCCAGACAGAGGUGCAGAGUAGUUCAGUCAAAUCCCCACACUUGCCGUAAGCUGAGCCAUAUCUGUUAUUGGAUCAUUUGGAUAUGGAAUUUGGAUAUUCAAAUACAUAGACCUGUUCAACUAGAGAAAGCGUGCUCCCGAUGGUGUCUAAAGCUGGAGAGACAAAUAACUUGGUCUUAAGUUGCAAUAAUGUCGGUCUGCGACUUAGCCUGACGCUUCCCAACUCUAACCUCUCACUGUUUAUACGUCAAUGAUACAUUUGUACCACCAGAGACAGUCUUCAAACUACAAGAUACCUCACAAAAGAGCCAGACAAAAGACAAAAGGUCUUCUGAAUACGUUAUUAGUUUUUGUUAAUGAACAUAUUAAUUUAAUCAGAUUUCAUAGCCAUAUUCUGGAUUGCAGUUUAUUUUUUUAAUCUUGGCACUUAAUUUAUCACUGAACAUUUAAUAUUUCGGGGGUAAUUCUCAGGAGAGGGUUUAAAAAACAAAAUCCUAAUGAAACUGAACUGAUCUGUUAAUUGUGGAUCAGGCAUAACAUUCCUAAUACUUUAGGUCUCCCCUGUGCCUCCAAAACAUUUGUGGUGUCUGGCAACACAGUGUUGUUAGUGGGGACACUCUGGAUCCUGUGGGUUGAGGGGAGCGGCCUCUGUGGAUCAUCCCCCAGAUACUUGAUUAAUUUGUGAUCGAAUGAAUUUGGAGGCCAGGUUCAAGUUCAAGUUGUUGCUAAACAGCCUUUUUUUUUGUGUGUCUGUGUCAGACUGUAUCCUGCUGGGGAUGACUGCUGCUAUCAAGUAGUGUCUAGGUCGGUGGUACAUGUCUAAAUAACAUCCACAUGAAUGCCAGUUCCAAAAGUUUUCCAGCAGCACAUUGUAUUGUCAUAAGAUGGUCAAUGUUAUUCACUUCUCCUGUUAGUGGUCAUAAUGUUAUGCCUGAUUGCUGUAUAUUGAGGAGGUCAAUGUGUACAACCCCUUUUGAAUCCAGAUCAAACAACUCAUUUUAUUUAAUAUGAAACAUCUUUUGUGAUUACUAAUGAUUUGAACCAGAACCUUAACUUUAAGUGGGUUUGUUGCGUUUCCGACCUCCCUACCGACAGCAGCCUUUAUGUAACUCAAGACACCAGAGGAAUGUGUGUAUCGCAGGGUGUAUUAGUCUGUGUGUGACAUGUCUCACGUUUUAACUUGAGGAGGGCGGAGGAGAGCCAGUCUCGUUUUUCUCAAACCUGAGCUGGUUGUCAACGGUAAUCAGAUCUACUUGGGAAAGUGAAUGAAGUGAAUCCCCUCUGUGUGUGUGUGUGUUGGCCUGAUUUUGUCUCGCACACACAUCUUCGCUUGUGCACAAUCUGAGCUUUUGUGACCCAAAAUCGUAUACUUCCAGCCACCUUUACACGUACCCUUACAGACUCACUUUCCAAGUGUCAGAAGACAAAUGUGUUAUGCAUUUGACUGUGAGCUUAAAGGCUCAGUCGGCUGAUUGUCUGGUUUGAAUAAUGAUUUCCUGAGUACUUGAGGCAGAGCAGGUCGUCAGAGUUCACGUUAAGACAACAUAAUUAUUUCCUUAAAAAAAAAGAUUGCAAAGAUUUGUUCAGUGUGAACACGUGUUCACACAGUGUGCCUGGCAUUUCAAACCACAUCCUUAUGACACUAACAAAACGUGUGACCAUGCGUAAACGGUGCGCCACGGCGGCACAGCCCGUGUUUACACAUCAAUAAUGCAGCGUCAGAAUUGAACGGGUCAGCAGACCUCACAGUUGCGAGAUAAGAUUUCAAAACACCACUCCGAUUUCCCCCAAACAUAAAGACACAUUUGCUUUUACUUCAAUUACUUUCCCAGGGGCGCUUGGGUUGUGGGAGAUUUCUCUUGGCUGCCCUGCUUCAGAAUGUGGAAAUCCAUCAAGUUAAACGGUUGACUACAGCAUCCCGAGGCUGCGGUAUGAGUGCAUGCCAGUGUAAUGGCUGUGCAGUCUCUGCCCGUCUUCCUGCUGCGGUCUACGUCAGACGUGGUACUGCGGCGCACUGUUUGGCUGCAGCAUGGUGGGACAGAUGCGCGAAGGAUGCGACACGGACUGAAAAAAAAGUUUAAAGAUUUUGCACGAAGCAACGGACCGCUUCACGUGGCUGAAACAGAGCUGCAACUAAGAAACACAUCGGGUCCCUCCCGUGCCUUCGGAUUCGAGGACCUUUUUGUUUUUUUCCUCUCUCUCUUUCUUUCAGAUGCGUAAACGCACCCCGGCCUUUGCGCUUUAGCCCUCGUUCACUCCACCUGCAUGUUCUGUGAGCCAGACUGCAGGAUGAACAUCAAAAACUUGAGAGAGUACCUGGCCUGGCUCUACUUCCAGUACCUGCUCAUUACCGGCAUCUAUGUCCUGGAGCCGUGGGAAAAGUCCAUCUUUAACUCCGUCCUCUUCUCCGCCAUCGGCAUGGUGAUCUACACCUCUUACGUCUUCAUACCCAUCCACGUGCGCCUGGCGCUGGAGUUUUUCUUUGGGAUUUUUGGGGGCCAGCCGGAGAGCACCAUGACACUCAUGAACUAAAAGGAGGGAAGUACAUAGAGGAGGAGGAGGAGAAGGAGGAGGAGGAGGAGAGAGAUGACGACUGGUCCUUUGCUACCCCGGUGCAGCUUGAGCCCCACUUUGCGCCACGUUCAUCCUUAACCACAGCAGCCAGUUAAUCGAGACUGAAACCACGAAGAUCUUAAUGGAACAAUCUGGAAAUCAGAGCCUUACUAUCUUCUUUACAUCCCAAACCCUCUGGCCUUACCCCAUGGUAUUAGACACACGACUGCUUUCACACCGUCCCUGUGAAAUGUCUCGUGAACUGUUGUUUGUCCUAUUUGUUUUUAUUUUCGUCUCAACGUGUGUCCUGUGUGAAUGCAUUCCACCUCGGGGAUUUGCAUGAUAGGGUCAUACAUGGUUGGUAGAUUUGCAUGCUUAUCUCGCUACAGAAUACUACUGAACUCUUUUUCCUUCUCAUGAGUUUUGAGAUACAGUCUUUAAAGGGGCACUUCCAAUGAUUUAAUGUGUAAGUGGAGCUUGUAGAGACAGAUUGAAAAGGAAGUGGGGAUAAUCAAAGAAGCCAAUGCCAAAGCUGAGAUACAUAACACUGCUGAAGACUGCGGUGAGUAAAAAAAAAAAAAAAGAAAAAAUGUUCUAAACGUGCAGACUGAAUCACGGGAGUAGUAAAUAAGUGGAAGAGGGAGUGAUAGUAAGUACAGCUAUGGAAAAGCUCCCUGCAGAACCACAGUUUGCACAAGCUCAGGAAUCUCUCUGAGCCAACUGAACUCAACCUGAUCUGUGAAACUGGUGUCCCUUUUUAGCACAUGCUUGUUUAUCACCGAUUGUGAAUUGCUCUCUUAUUAUUAAAUAGCUCAACAUUUUCAACAUGCACUUAAAUUAACAGGCUAUGGUUUUGUAUCAGAACCACUGUCGCCUUUAUUUAGUUUCCAAGUUAAUGCACUGGAAUCCCGACUGGAAAGCUAAAUGGCACAUUUUACGUGUUACUUGAUCUCGAAAGAGAGAGUUGACAGAAAGCCGAAGCUAUGCAACGACUCGGAGAAAAAAAGAAAAGAAAAAAAAAAAGAUGCCACAGUCCGUACUCUGUUACACGGUUUAGUCCCAGCCCUACAAUUACAGAUUGACUGAAGUGAGUGAAGUGAGUAAUAAAACAAAAUAAUGGCAUAGACAUGUGCCGAGCCCUCUUUUUAUCUCCAGUGCUUCAUUACCGGUGGUAUGUCAGGAAGGUGUAUUCAGCAUUCAGCAUGAGCAAAUAUUGAUACAACACGCCUUUGAGGUUCAGGCUUGGCCUUUUCUGUGUUGUAGAUUCACUUACCAAUGCCUGAAGUCAAAAGCAUUUUUUGUUAUGUGCUAAAAUGUAAAAGAAAUGUUGGCCCAAAUGGAACGCAAAGACUGACAUAAAAUGCUGUCUUCCAUAACUAUAGUUGACCCGCAGAACUAGAGAGAUCUGUAUCCGUAUCAUUGUGUUCAGAUUUAAGCUUAAUAUCUUUUUAAUUCAUGCUUUGGGUCAAGGGCUCGCUGGUAACAGUUUAAACAUGAUCUCUUUAUUUAUAUGAACUUAUAUAUUUAUAUACACUGGUAAUGCUUGGCUGGUUACAAUGUCAAUUACCAAAAAAAUGUGUUUUUUUGAUUAUUUAUAUCUGUGUUCUCUUGCGGCCAUAAAUAACACGUGAUUUGUGCUUUACUUUGUUUCUCUGCCUUAAAGUGCUUUUAUAUUGUUCCCAGGUUGGGUCAUUUCAUUUUCACUUUUGAUAAACAUUUGCAGUUGUUCCAAGUAUUUACAGCCCUGAGAAUAAAGAGUCCUGAGAGGGUUUUUUUUUCUGUUUUUUUUUUCACUGUUCACCAAAUGGAUGCUUUAUUUAUACAUGAAAGCAACACAACAUUGCAAUAAUCAGAAAAUAAAGGCAUCUGGUAAAUUUGGA